AUGAACGUCGACGGUCCCAUCAAGCCGGCUAGGGAGGCGGCUUCACGCGAGACGAAAACAACGACGCAAGAGAGUAAAUCCCAGGAACUGAGGCGGAGAUGGGAAGAAUUGGUAUUGUUGGUCCGCGAUAUUCGACAGAAAUACCUGGAACUAAAGGCACUUGAAGAACGAUGCAACGAAGUUAAUCAGGCCUUCGAGGAAGACGAGGUAGAGCUCAACAUUGCCGAACUAGCACUGGAGGAGCGAGAGACAGAGAUGCCCAAUCUUGUAGAGGCUUUCAGAGUUAAGCUCAUCGUCAGCGAAGUCCGACAGGCUUUGGAAUUGGAGAUCAAUGAUGUUGAUCAUGACAAUCACCAACAGCAACACGAGGAACGAAUGGCAAGGGGCUGCUGUCUCUUGCAGAAAUGGGAAGAAUUGGCAGCGAAAGCUAAGAGCGCAUCCAAGCUUUUGGAUGAAAUAAAUAAGCUCAUGGAGGAAUGA